AAGUUUCAGGCCCAAUUUCAGGCCUCGGCUGCCAAGACAACAAGUGAUUCAGUUUUAUUCCAAGCCCGGCGAUGACGAGACGUUGGCUGGUAGUGAGCUUGCUGCUAUAUUUGGGAGCCCAGGAGGCCUCCACGGGCGUCAUGGACAACUUCAGUGACGGGCUCAAGGUGGCUGGACAGAUGUUCGGUAUCAAUACGGCCGCCGACGUGGCCAACUUGGUGGCUAAAGCAUUCUCGGGCAAAAAUCCACAGCCCUCGCCCAAUCUCAUCAACUUUUUGCCCCUCCAGUGGCUGACACCGCAGGGAAACAAUGAGGGGGCGGAUCAAGAGGACCAGGAGGAUCAAUCCAAGCAGGAGACGGAGCCUGAAAACGCCCAAGAGGAACCGCCAGUGGAGAACAGCACCAGGCGGCCACCCAAGCAGGGAUUCGAUACCGUCCAAAUGUUCACGAAUAUGAUGCGAAUGGUGGGCUUCGACACCCGAAAGCUGGGAGCUCUGGCCUUAAACGCCAUCAUAAUGGUGGCCCAGGCGAUCGGCAGUACCAUAAUGCAAGCUACCCGGGGUGGGGCCUCCCUCGAUGACCCAGAAGCCCUCUACGAACACAAUGAACACCAACCCCGUUCCCUGUCCAUUGGAGCGCCCAUUGAUUGGUUCCUUCAGCGGAAAGAUGGUCACAGCAAGAGAUUACUGAAGGAAGUCAUGGAUCGGGAACUGCCGGAGAGGAUCGUGGACCUGAUUUCGGAGAAGGAGGGCCCAGGAAAGGGACAGAAGGCCGGAUGCAUGAAGCUUCUGAUGUGUAAGAGUCAGCCGAUUAUCUGGGGCAUGCAGGACUCCCUAAAGAAACGCAUAGCUGGAGAACCGGAGGAGCAGGAGGACACCGAUAGCUUUUUCAACAAGAAGAUCUUUUACAAGUAUCUGCCCAGUCUGGAGGACUUUCGGGAGCACAGUACCAACUGUGAGACCAGAUUCCACGAGGAGUGUCCUAGAAAUGCCACCACAGGAAGAUAUCUCUAAAAUUAUUCCAUUUAAUCUCUCUUUUGGCAAGAAUUGUUUGUUCUUUUAAACGUAAUAACUUUUUAAAAAUACACUUCAGCAAUAAAAAUAGUUUUAGA